AUGACUGAAGCUCGUCUCAUUUUUGAUCGAGCAGCUGUGAGGAAUGGUGUGUUGUGGACUUCCAUGAUCACGGGUUAUGCUCAGAGUGGAAAGGGAUCAGAUGCGUUGGAACUCUUUGAGCGUUUGGUGACUGUUGAAAGAUAUGUGCCAGACAAAAUUUGCUUUACUGCUGUGUUGACUGCCUGCAAUCAUGCUGGACUGUUAGACAAAGGGGUGAAAUAUUUCAAGAUAAUGAGAGAUUAUGGGCUGGUUCCCGAUCUAGAUCAAUAUGGUUGUUUAAUUGACCUCUAUGCGAGGAAUGGGCACCUAAGAAAAGCAAGGGAGUUGAUGGAGGACAUGCCUUAUGAUCCAAAUUACGUUAUGUGGACUUCCUUCUUUAGCUCUUGCAAAGUUUAUGGUGAACUUGAGCUUGGAAAAGAGGCUGCUAAUCAGCUUCUCAGAAUGGAACCAGGUAAUGCCGCUCCAUAUGUAAUGCUUGCCAAUAUAUAUGCCACGGCAGGUUUAUGGGCUGAAGCAGCUGAGGUUAGGAAAUUGAUGCAACAAAAAGGAAUAAGGAAAAGUGCAGGGUGGAGUUGGGUUGAGGUAGAAAAAGGGGUUCAUGUUUUCUCAGUUGGUGAGGUAAGUCACCCUCAAUCCCAAGAGAUAUAUGAUGAACUGGGAAAGCUGCACUUGGAAGUAAAAGAGGCCGGUUACAUGCCUAAACAUUUAGAUGAAUUAGAAGAUUUGGUUUGUGAAUGACUGUGUUCUUCUCAGGAUUGUAAACAGUCAGUUGACAACUCUUAGGAUCAAGAGCACUUUCACUAUGACUGAAGUAGCAGACUGCAAAAGAGAAAACCGGUUCUUCAUAUGACAUUAUUGUAAGAUUUAUUGUUUUAUGUUUUUGGAUGCUUCUUACAAGUUACAAUUCAAUAUGCAUUUGAAACGUGUUGCUAUUC